CACGUAGGCCGCACCUUUUUUGCCUGUGUCUGCGCUUAAUGCGUUAACGGGUGAAAAUCAGUUGUUUCAUGUCCUUUGGCUGCUAAAAUGGGAAACAAGCUCAUUACAUUUACAGAUCAGCAGCUUGUUAAUUACCAGGAUUGUACAUUUUUUACACGAAAGGAGAUUUUAAGAGUGUACAAGAAGUUCAGGGAAAUGAAACCCGAUGUGAUUCCGAGAGUAAUGAAGAAAAAUGAGGCAUAUUCGAUUAAACUUCCUGUCGAGUGCACAGAGCAACUAGCAGAAUUCAGAGAAAAUCCUUUCAAGCAGAGGAUAUUUAAAGUAUUUUCUCGAGACUCAAGAGGAAAUCUAACGUUCGAAGAUUUUUUGGAUAUGCUGUCUGUAUUCAGCGAAGCCGCUCCAAGAGACAUCAAAGUAUUUUAUGCGUUUAGGAUAUAUGAUUUUGAUAACGACCAGUUUGUGGGACCAGCAGAUAUAGACACAGCGCUCACUUUGCUCACGAAACAAGAACUAACUGUAGAAGAAAGGCAGCAGAUAACCGAAAAAGUGAUUGAAGAGUCAGAUGUGGAUGGAGAUGGAAAACUCUCCUAUAUUGAAUUCGAACACUGCAUAACGAGGGCCCCUGAGUUCCUGUCCACCUUCCACAUCAGAAUUUAAGUAUUACCCACUCAGUAUAAAUUUUAACUAGUUAAGAUAGAAACUGUAAAUAAAUUGGAUUAAAAUAUCGUGCGAAAUCGAUGGGUCAGUGUGUUGAGUGUACAAUUAAUAAAUGAUUUAAAAAAUUGUGCAAGACCAUUUC